AUGCCACUUCAUCUUAUGGAGCUAUUCUUGAUCGUUGCAGUGCUUAUCUUAUCGGUCGUACGAAUGCUAAAGCAGCCAAAGAAUGCCCCCAGGGGUCGAUCAACUACCAUGGCACUGGGAAUGAGCGCAAAAUCCCUUAUCAUUCUGUUAUAUCAACUGUUAUCGGAACACGUACAGGCAUUUAAAAAAUGGUCCAGCCUCAAAGCCUACGUUAUUCUCAACGCACUUGAGAUCGUGUUCUGGGGUGCAGUCGCGUUUAUGAUGAUCCAAGCAAAUCUAAAGUUCUGCGAAGGUUUUACCUGCAUACUUAGCUGGAUUGUCUGUGUUCUCGGUAUAAUCAUGAGCACAAUCGCUUCUUACCUGACUGUUAUCACUUGGUUGGACUUCAGGCACUUCCGUGCUAACGGAACUCACCGCGGCCGACAUUCUGAAGCCAAGCAUGUCAAGAUCCAAUCAACCGGUAACUCGACCGACAACAUUGCGAUGGACGAAGAACUGCUUCAUGAGCAACGAUACACACACACCAAUAAUUACCAACCCUACCAGUCAGGGGCCUACCAGCCAGGAGCCUACCAGUCAGGAGACACCUAUGAUUCCCGCUCGCCGUCACCGUGGCGACAGCGUGAAUAA